AUGCCAUUCCGGCGACGCAGCUUCUCCCGUUCCCCGAGAAGAAGGCGAUUCACUGAACCCGGCAGGAGGCUCCGUGCUGUUGAUUGGGGCGCGUACUCACUGACCCGUUUUGAGAAGAAAUUCUACCGCGAGUGCAGCAGUGUUCGCGACCGAUCCAGGCGUGACAUAGAAGAGUUCCGUGCUCGAGAAAAGGUCACAGUGCUAGGACAUAACGUUCCACGGCCAGUAUUCAAGUUUAGCGAGACAGGCUUCCCUAGCUACAUUCUGAAUGUGAUUAAAAAGAAUCGAUGGGAAUCCCCAACUCCUAUUCAAGCACAAGGAUGGCCGGUUGCUUUAAGUGGUCGCGAUCUUGUUGGCAUAGCGCAGACUGGAUCUGGGAAAACGGCCAGCUUCCUACUUCCUGGCUUGGUCCACGCGAAGGCUCAGCCCUCGCUGAGGCGAGGCGACGGCCCAAUAGUUCUUGUUUUGGUACCUACCCGUGAGCUCGCACAGCAAGUAGAGAAGGUCGUUGAAGAGUUUUGCUCUUACUCUGGCUUCCGAUCGGCUUCUCUAUACGGCGGGACAUCUCGAGGAGGUCAGAUGGAUCAACUAGCUCGCUCACCAGAGGUUGUUAUCGCCACCCCUGGACGUCUUUUGGACUUUUUGCAAUCAAAAGACACCAACCUGCGUCGCUGCACGUAUCUUGUCUUGGACGAAGCUGACCGAAUGUUGGACAUGGGGUUUGAACCGUCUAUACGAAAAAUAAUUUCCCAGGUAAGACCUGAUCGGCAGACCCUUAUGUGGUCUGCUACGUGGCCGCGUGAAGUGAAGGCCUUGGCAGAAGACUUUUUGUAUGAUUACAUCCAAAUAAACAUUGGUUCUACGAAACUGAGUGCCAAUCACAACAUCCAGCAACACGUGGAAAUAGUGAAAGAGUCAGAGAAGUUUCAUCGGCUCCUUGCCCUGAUAAAGUCCUUCGGCGAUUCGCGUGUGAUUGUCUUCACGGAAACUAAGAGGCGCACUGAUACCGUCUGUCGGCAGCUCCUGGACAAGGGCUUCAAUGCUUUGGCAAUGCACGGUGACAAGCAUCAGCGUGAGCGGGACCGCGCUCUCGAACGUAGGUUCUAUCCUCUCGUUACAUGUAUACGGUCUAGAAUUCCGUUCCGGUCGCACUUCAAUCUUAGUUGCGACAGACGUCGCCUCGCGGGGGUUGGCCGUCUUGGAACCGCUCGCUCACCACACAAAGAGUCAUUGGUCUUCUUUGGCUCUGAGUAA